AUGGUGGCCACCUGCCUGCACCUGGCCGGAUUUGUCUGCGGUUUUAUAGGGUGGAUCGGGGUGAUUGUGGCAACGUCCACCAACGACUGGGUGGUGACUUGCGGCUACACCAUUACCACCUGCAGGAAGAUGGAUGAGCUGGGCUCCAAGGGGCUGUGGGCAGACUGUGUCAUGGCGACAGGUCUCUAUCACUGCAAGCCCCUCGUGGACAUCCUCAUACUGCCAG